CCGACAGACAUUUUUUUAAAGUAAUCUGUACACCUAACUCAGGGUUUGAGCUCACAAUCCCAAGAUGGAGAAUCACAUACUCUAGUGACUGAGCUAGCCAGGCACGCCUGUUAGAGACAUUAUUAAUCACUAAGAUUUCUACGAUGUAUGGGAAAGGACCACCCUGGGCUAGAGAUCCAAGGUCUAAUUUUCGCCCUGUUCCCUGUUCAUUUAAGAACAAAGAAGUUAAGGUAGAGCCAGGGGCCUGGGUGGGAUGAUGGAAGUUGGGAGCCCUUGGUUUGCCAACGAGGAAAUGGGGAAUAAUGGAAACUAGCAUUUGUUACCUAUUAUAUGCCAGCUAGCAUUCUAGAUGCUUUACAUAUACUACUCUUCUAUUGAACCGGAAGCUUAGAACUACUUUUAGUUCCAUUUUAUAGAUGACAAACUAGAGACAAUGAGAUUAUAAGUAGCUAGCACAUAGUAUAUGGUUCAUAAGGAUUUAGUCAACUAUGAGAUAUUCUACCGCUCUUUUCCACCAACUUCUUUCCCUAAUUGAGCAGUCUAGGAUUGUAAAAUGAAUACCAAAUUGCAGGAUGCAAAAGACGAGGCGUUAAUAGCAGUACUUACCCUGUUUUGCCUUUUUUCUUCACUGUACUAUGUGAUCUAGAUGCAGAAAAUUUUGAAGAGGGAAAAGAAACUAUGUUUAGAAACCCCAUCUUUUCCAUGAUAGGUAAUGACUGACUCUGAGGCGGUCAGGGGCAGGAGGAAACUCUCUUAAUGUUCCCAGAAUUGAAGCCACAAUCUCUUUAGUAUAUGUGCUGCCGAAGCGAGCACAGAAGCCACAAUCUCUUUUAUCUUGCUGGCCAGCUUCACAUCUGGCUUGACUGUGGUGCACAAGACUUAAAAGAGGGCUAUGUGAGGCAAGAGGUGGGAGGCUUGUUAAUGUUUUGAUUUGGGGUUUUCCCUCCAAGUUUGGAGUCAUCAUGCCUUAACACUGCUGUCUCUGAACAGAGAUUUCAGGCAAAGGCCAACGCUUUGGUUGCACGCAUCACCCGUACAUUUAGCUGGUACCAAACAUGUUUACAUAUAUAUUCCACCGUCAUCCCUAAAACCAUUUGUCUGGAGAUGGAUGGGGCUGCCGCCCUUACUGCGAACCUGCAGGGGAGUCAUUAGAUAGUUUCCUUCAGAUUUGACAAGGGCUGGGCAGCAGAAACGUGUCUUGGAACUACAGGGUUUUCCAUUCCUCUCAACUUCUGAUACUUCUUUUUAAGAUUUUAUUUAUUUAUUUGACAGACAAAGCGAGAGAAGGAACACAAGCAGGGGGAGAGGCAGAGGCAGAGUGAGAAGCAGGCUCCCCGCUGUGCGGGGAGCCCGAUGCGGGACUCGAUCCCAGGAUUCCGGGAUCAUGACCUGAGCCGAAGGCAGAAGCUUAAUGACUGAGCCACCCAGGCGCCCCUCAACUUCUGAUAUUUCUGACCUUUGCCUCUCUUGAAUAACCAGUGGGCAAUAUUGUAUAUUUUCCUUCCUUCCUUCCUCCGUUUUCACCCCCAUUCCUCCCUCUCUUCUCCCCCUCUCUAUUUCCGCUCCCUCCCUCUCUCUCUCUUUCCGCUCCGUCAUUCUCUCCCUUUUCUCCCCCCCCCAGGCCUGUUCUCUGCUUGCCUGUAACCCUGGCCAUCUGCACCCCUCUCAGUAACUGUAGUAUGCUUUCAGUAUUGCACCGUAUUUCCUUAUGCUCUGUGAUUCUUACCCCGUACUUCUAAGCUGCAACCCCAGGACUUAAGGCCUAGACGGCGCUCCGCAAGCCCGCGUCCUCGCGUCCCCGCGUCCCCGUGUGCCCCGUGCCCCGACGACGCUUACGCUCGGGGAGAGGAUAAAGGCCAAUUGGGCGUGGCCGUUGGUGACGUCACAACGGGGGGCGGUGCCUUCUGAGCGUCGACGGGCACCGUAGACGGAGUUCGUGGAGAGGGAACCGCGGCGAUCGCGGUGUCCGCGGAGGUUCGUGAUCCUGCCUCGGCGGAGGUAGGACGGGCCAAAGGCCUGAACCAGAGAUUUCAAAAUGGACAAUACUGAUUUUCGUUCCAUGGAUUUUAAAGAAAUUGUUGAAAACCUGAUUUUAAGAGAUAAUUCACCCAGCAUACCUGAGGCAAUUGACAGACUCUUCGCCGACAUAGCAAAUAUCAACAGGGAGUCUAUGGUUGAAAUACAGGAUGCUCAGCUUGAAGAAAUGGCAGUAAACCUGUGGAACUGGGCCGUUACCAAGGGAGUAGGUUUGGUUAUAAGUGAAGAGCAGAAAGCUAAAUUACGGCAUGUUGCUUGCAAGUUGGUGUGUAUGUGUGGAGGCUCAGCUGCUUCCGAAGAAGCUAUUCGAAGACAGAUUUUGAUGAAUAUGAAAACAGGAAAAGGGUGGGUGGAUGUUGGAAAUGCUGUGAUUGCUGAUCAGUUUUUUCAAGCUGCCAUGACUGGUCUGGAGCAGUUAUAUAUCAAAUUAAUGCAGAGAAGCUCCACCGAGGUCCACAUGACUUUGCAGAAGAUGGCUGUGGAGAGGGACCUUUUCAAAGUGCUUUCUUACCAAGCAGAAGCAGCAUGUGCUCAAGGGGAUUUUCAAAGAGCAUCUACAUGUGUGCUGCGCUGUAAGGAUAUGUUGAUGAGUUUCCCCAAAAUGACUAGAUAUCUUCACAUUCUCUGUUACAACUUCGGAGUAGAAACCCACAAGCAGAAUAAAUAUGAAGAAAGUUCUUUCUGGCUUAGCCAGAGCUAUGAUAUCGGGAAGAUGGAUAAGAGUUCUGUUGGACCAGAAAUGCUGGCUAAAGUUCUGCGGUUACUAGCCACUGCUUAUUUGGAUUGGGAUGACAAAGAAUAUUAUGAUAAGGCUCUCAGUGCUAUAAACCUAGCAAACAAGGAACAUUUAAAUCCAGCUGGGCUUUUCUUAAAGAUGAAAAUCCUCUUGAAGAGUGAAAUAGCUAAUGAAGAACUCCUUGAAGCUGUUACGGAAAUAAUACAUCUUGACACGUCUCUAGACUUUUGUCUGAACGUUGCUAAACUGCUGAUGGAUCAUGAACGAGAGACUGUUGGGUUUUAUUUCAUGAAGAUUAUCUGUGAACAUUUUAAGUCAUCAGAAAAUAUUGGAAAAGCUCUACUGCUCCACAUUGACAUGCUUUUACAAAGAAAGGAAGAACUGCUUGCCAAGGAGAAGAUUGAAGAAAUCAUUUUAGGUCACCAAACAGGAAGACGAUUGACAACAGAAUUAGUGAGCUGUUUACACAGCAUUCUGUGGAAAAAAGCUGCCAGAUGUUUUGAGAUACAAAGUUACGCUGAUGCCCUAAACUGGUACUAUUAUUCUCUGAGAUUUUAUGCAGCUGAUCAAACAGAUCUGGACUUGGCCAAGCUGCGGAGGAACAUGGCUUCCUGUUACCUGCAUUUGAAACAACUUGAUAAGGCUAAAGAGGCAGUGAUAGAAGCUGAACAACGUGAUCCUAGAAAUAUUUUCACUCAGUUUUAUGUAUUCAAGGUUGCAGUUUUAGAGGGCAACUCUGGCAGAGCUUUGCGAGCAAUUACUACAUUAGAGAAGUUAUUAAUAUUUGAAGAUCCAGAGGAGAAUGGGACACUUAGAGAUAAAGAGUCACCUGUCAUGCUCCUCAGUUUAGCUGCCCAGUUUGCUUUAGAGAAUGGACAGCAAAUUGUGGCAGGAAAAGCUUUGGAAUAUUUAGCUCGAUAUUCAGAAGACCCGCAACAAGUCCUUACAGCUUUAAAGUGUUUGUUUCGUCUAGUGCUCCCAAGAGUGUCUCAGAUGCCAGAAUCUGAAAGCAAAAAGAAAGAAAUGGAUAGACUUUUGACUUGCUUGAAUACAGCACUCCUGAAACUCUCUCAGCCUUUCAAUGGAGAGGCCUCGACUCCAGACUCAAGAGCUAAUGAAGCUCAUUGGUUUCGAAAAAUAGCUUGGAACUUGGCUGUGCAAUGUGGCAGAGACCCAGUGACAAUGAGAGAGUUUUUCAUCCUCUCUUACAAGCUGUCCCAGUUUUGUCCUUCUGAUCAAGUAAUUCUGAUUGCACAGAAAACAUGUUUACUUAUGGCAGCUGCAGUUGAUCUAGAGCAAGGGAGAAAAGCUUCAACAGCUUCUGAACAGACCAAGUUACUGAAUCGUGCCCUUGAGCAGAUCCAUAAAUGCAAAGAAAUCUGGAAUCUCCUGAAAAAAACAGGGGACUUCUCAAGUGAUCCAUGUGAGACAUUGCUUCUGCUGUAUGAGUUUGAAGUUAAAGCCAAAAUGAAUGAUCCGUUACUUGACAGCUUCCUGGAAUCAGUGUGGGAACUGCCUCAUUUGGAAAGUAAAACAUUUGAAACAAUCGCAUCAUUAGCAGUGGAAAUGCCUGCACACUAUCCUUCCAUUGCUCUGAAAGCCUUGAAAAGGGCUUUAUUGCUUUACAAAAUGAAAGAAUCCAUUGACGUUUUGAAAUACAGCAAAUGUAUGCACAACUUAAUUAACCUCUUAGUGCCAGAUGGGGUGCCAAGUACAGAACUCUGUCCCCUGGAAGAAGUUUGGGGUCAUUUCGAAGAUGCUCUGAGCAUUAUUAUCCAUACCGAAGGCUACCCAGAAGCAGAGAUUCUCUGGCUGAUGAUCAAGUCCUGGAACACUGGCAUAUUUAUGUAUGGCAGGAGAAAGUAUGUCUCUGCAGAAAAAUGGUGUGGCCUAGCCUUGCGUUUUCUUGACCACCUUGGCUCCCUCAAGAGAAGCUAUGAAACUCAGGUGAAUAUUCUGUAUAGUGAGCUUGUGGAAGCGCUGGAUCGAAAGAAGGGCUCACUUUUUAAUGAAGAGUGAGAAGUGCCGGGACAAGGUGUAUGAUAUGAGCAGGCAGGCUGCCAGCAACCUGAAGAUGUUUGGUCCUGAGAUGCUGAGCAUUUACGUUCUUGCCAGACUUUCUCCUGUUUUGUUACUGUUUUCUCAGGACCUAUUUUUGAUGUUGUCAAAUGACAGUUUCUAAAAUAAAAGCAUUUUGACUUU